CUCCGCUUCGUGCUCAUUGCAGGCCAUGGCGACACGCAAGGCGGCAGAGAGCACUCUCUACCAUCUCAGCCCCAGGGGUUUCUGGAAGAAGUUCCGGGACGCCGUGGUCAUAAAUCCUGAAAUCUCUACUGGUCUGCCCAUUGCAGACCGCAACCGUUACCCCCAGCCUGCUUCUCGACCAGAGAAGUAUGCCACUCCGGCCACAAAGGCCUCCGACCCCGCGCAGAACCCGUACUGGAAGCGUGAUGUCCGUCGUGCAUACCCCCGUAUCUCGGUGGUGACCCAGACCGAACUCUCCACGCUGCUGCUCGACCAUGCGAAGGCGGAAGCUGUCGCUGCCCCGGGCGAAGCUCAGGCAUCUGAGGCAUCGUCUGUCCCUGCCGAGCAGCCGGCUGCCGUUGACCUCACGGAGGCAAUUGCUACUAUCACCUCCGCGCGCAAAGCCUACUCAGAGUCCAAGCUUCCCCCCGUGCCCCCAAUUUCCUUCAAGCGGUGGCGGCCAGAGCGCGUGGAGGAUCCCCCGCACGACCCGCAUGCGUACUUCCCGAUGUUGCUCGUGAAGUAGACUAGAUUCAGGCAAUGCACUAUCGUCCC